AUGCUCGACACGACGCUCCUCGCGAGCACUGCGUCCACCGAAUCGCCAAAGCGCAAGCGCCACCAAUUCAAGGAGAUGUGCUGGGGCGACGCCAUCUCGGGCGGCGAGCUGGGAUGCGAGGCGCUGCCGCCAAACACAAAGAAUGCUUUUCGUGAGCACUUUUGCCGGCGAUGCAGGGAGAGGGGCGUGAGCGUACCCGUGUCGAGGGUUCGGAUACCGGUCGGCGUUGACAGCGCGGUGAUUGUCAACCGUAAGACGGGUGGGGUCUGGAAUGAGCCGACGCGUACGUCGCACAUGCCAGCGUUCCGAGUCGUGAACCAGACUGCAGACUGCACGGGCGCGAAGCUUGUGGUCUUGCGGGACGAGAGCCCGGUGCCGCUGCCCGGAUUGGCCGAGCUCUCGAACUUCGGCGACCGCGUCGACUUCCAGAUCUCCCGCACACUCAUUCCUGUCGUGCCUCUGCCGUUCAGCUUCGCGCACUCGGCUGUGCCGCUGCCGCUCGCUUCCCAUAGCUCCGCGACGGACACCGCCUCGCUGCUCGACCGCCCCGCCUCGCCGUACACUGGACGCUCGAGCAGCACCGGCUCGCCUUGCGCCGCCUCGCUGCUCGACGACCCGGGCUUGACGCCGGACUAG